UUUUCUUUUUCUUUUUUUUUUCUUCUUUUUUUGUAGUUUUAGCAAUAACAACAAACAAUCAACAUGCCUCGAAUUCAUGAUCUUUGUGCACGUAUUCAAAAUGGUUUUCGAGCACGAUUACAAACAAUGGCUGUACCCGAAACGAAAAUGAAUCUUGCUAUUACCAAUAUUUUAUACAAGGAAGGAUUCUUAACCUCUGUUACUAGAGGUAAUCAUUUGGCUCCAGAUGCUACCUUCACACCUACUACACCCAGUAAUAUUGCCACACGUCGUUUAUGGUUACAACUCAAAUACAAGGAAAACCAACCUGCUCUCAAUGCUAUGUCUGUUGUCAGUAAACCAUCCAAAAAAGUCACUUAUACCGUCAAUGAAAUGAAGAAUCUUGCCAGUGGUCGUCGUGCCAAAUUCAUCUCACCUUUACAACCUGGAGAAAUUGCUAUUAUGAAUACCAACCGUGGUGUUAUGGAUUUACAAGAAGCUAUUGAAAAGAACGUUGGUGGUGAAAUCCUGUGUCGUGUCAACUAGAAAAUCUUCAACUUAUUCCCUUUUUUCCCUCUACUUUCUUCAUUUUACAUUUAUAUUUUUUUUGUUAGUCUUGUAUCAUAGAAAUCAUUUAUAGUCUCGUUUAUCAUGCUUUAUUUAUAUAUUCUCUAGUAAUAAACGCUCUAAAGCUCCAAUGGAGUUUUCUUCUCUUU